AGGCUUAUCAGCUGCUGUCCUGGGUCCCAUGGUGUGCACAUCACAUCGAGGCCCAUCCAAGUUUUCCCUGCACUCUCCUGCCAAGUUGAUAUCAUAUAGCACCUGACUCUGUCUAUCCCUGUCUGAACAAGGUCUCAGAACAAGGUCUCUUGUUAAAUCCAAAACAAAACCAUGCUAAACUGGGUCACUUUGAGGCUGUUGCUGUUGGAGAGAUACACACAGACUCAAUUACAAGAUGUCUGACCAACAGGAUUCUGUUCUCACCAAUGGGGUUCCUGACAUAGAAAAGAGUUCUGAGAAUUCUAGUGUGAUUGGCAUUCCUCUUGGAGAAACCAAACCGUUAGUACCAGUUGCCAAACUUCAGCAGAAGGAAAUCUACUGCAGUCCCCUCGUCAACGGAGGAGUAGUAGACCAUCCACAACCAAACUCAGAGUCAGAGUCUGAUGGAGAAGACAAAGACAGUCAGGAGUCAGUUGCUGUAGAACCUGCAGUGAUAACCCCAUCAAGAAUACCUGAAGCACCAGCCAAAUUACCCAGAUCCCCUGGACAAGCGGGACCUCAAGGGGAUCCUCUCUCAGGUGCCUCGGUGCCCCUGAAGCUGUCGGAUGUGUCCCUGGCCACAGCAGAGCAGCUCUGGUGCACCUCCAGGGACCAGGCGGUUAAGCUGAGGAUGGCUGAGACGGGGCCGGGAUCCGAGGCCCCCAUGACUAUCCACCAGAUGUUCUUAAAGACGGUGAAUAUCUAUGGAGACCUGCCUGCGGUGGCGUCUAAGAAAGAGGGGCAGUGGGUAACCCUGACCUGGAGGGAGUACUACCAGCAGUGCAGAGCGGCGGCCAAGAGCUUCCUUAAGUUGGGUCUGGAGCGUUACCAUGGCGUCGGUAUUCUGGGCUUUAACUCUCCUGAGUGGUUCAUCUCAGACAUCGGCUGUAUCCUGGCUGGGGGUUUUGCUGCAGGCAUAUACACCACUAACUCCCCCGAGGCGUGUCAGUAUGUGGCAGACAACUGUGAGGCCAACGUCCUGGUGGUGGAGAACCACAAACAGCUCCUCAAAAUCCUCCAGAUUAAGGAACAGCUUCCACACUUGAAAGCUAUUGUUCAGUACAAGGAUGAACUUCAACAGAAGCUGCCAAACCUGUACACUUGGGCUGAGUUUAUGAAGCUGGGUGAGGAGGUGUCUGAUGAACGGCUAGAUGCUGUGGUGGACAGUCAGAGGGCUAACCAGUGUUGUACGCUCAUCUACACCUCUGGAACCACAGGCAACCCCAAAGGGGUCAUGCUAAGCCAUGACAAUAUCACCUGGACUUCAAAUGCGGUCGGAGCCAUGACAAGUCUGCAACAUGGUGUGGAGUGCGUGGUGAGCUACCUGCCCCUGAGCCAUGUAGCUGCCCAGAUCAACGACAUGUGGAUCUGCAUGAGAUUUGCAGGGGCAACGUAUUUCGCAGACCCAGACGCCCUGAAGGGCUCUUUGGGGACUACUCUGAAAGAGGUGCGCCCCACAAGUUUCCUGGGAGUUCCCCGUGUGUGGGAGAAGAUGCAGGAGAAGAUGAAAGCCAUCGGAGCCAAAUCCUCUGGUAUGAAGAAAAGAGUGGCUAACUGGGCCAAAUCCAUCGGAUUGCAAGCCAGCUACAGUGCCAUGAAUGGUGAGAACCUGGUGCCCUGGGGCUUCAUGCUGGCAAACAACCUGGUGUUUAAGAAAGUUCGCUGGGCCUUGGGUCUGGACCGCUGCAAGAACUGCUUAACGGGGGCCGCACCCAUCACUAAGGAGACUCUGGAGUACUUCAUGAGCCUUAGCCUCCCGCUGUAUGAGCUGUAUGGGAUGAGUGAAAGCACCGGCCCUCACACCAUCUCCUGGGAGAAUAACUUCAAGAUCAUGAGCUGUGGAAAGGUGGUGGUUGGCUGCCAGACCAAGUUGGACAAGCCAGACGAGGAUGGGAAUGGUGAGAUCUGUUUCUGGGGGCGUCAUGUGUUCAUGGGCUACCUGAAUGAGCCAGAGAAGACUGAGGAGGCCCUGGACCAGGAGGGCUGGCUGCACUCUGGAGACCUGGGCAAGCAUGACAAGGACAACUUCCUAUUCAUCACAGGGAGGAUAAAGGAGCUGAUCAUAACAGCAGGAGGAGAGAACAUCCCACCUGUACCCAUUGAGGAUGCAGUGAAAGCAGAGAUUGCCAUCAUCAGCAACGCCAUGUUGCUCGGAGACAAGAUGAAAUUCCUCUCCAUGAUGCUCACGCUCAAAUGUAUAGUUGACGACAAUGGCGAGCCGACGGACGAGCUGACCCCAGAGGCUGUGGCGUUCUGCCAUCAGCGUGGCAUAACGGCAACCAAGGCCUCUGAGAUCAUAGCCAGUAAGGAACCAGCUAUUUAUAAGGCCAUCCAGGAGGGCAUAGAGCAUGUCAAUGCUAAGGCCACCUCCAAUGCCCAGAGGGUCCAGAAGUGGGUCAUUUUGGACAGAGAUUUCUCUAUAUCUGGGGGAGAACUGGGACCUACCAUGAAGCUAAAGAGGGGGGUUGUUGUCAAAAAGUUCCAAGAGAAAAUCAACAAGAUGUAUGGAAUGGCACAAGAAUAAUAGAGGAACUGAACAUGGACUAGAGAACACUUGAGGACUGUAGUUAUUGGACUAUUAAAUGCAUCUGUAGACAUUUGAGUGUGUCUUGUUUUCCAGUACCUAGAGAAUUAUCCCAUUGGUAUCUGCUCCAUAUCAAUAUUUAAGCUGUUUUAAUGUACAUAAGAUUUCACAGCAUUGAUAUUUGCACUUUUUUUGUAAAUAAACCUUAUAUUCAUCAUCAAUGCUAUACUGUACCCAUUUCAAGUAAAGGAAAAUGCCUCAAAACAAAAUCAUUAAUGUAAUGUUUGUUAAGUGAUUCUAUCAUUAUUUGGAUGGUAUACUGUAGUAUUUUCAUUUUAUUUUAGCCAAUUAUAUUCCGUGUACAUUAUAAUACAUAUUAAAAUGUUUAUUUUCAUGGGUUAAAUGAACAUGAUCAAUAAAAGCAAACAAACUGUUCUGGACCCCCCCCAAAAAA